GGGGUGGGACCCGCUCAGUGCUUCCCCCACGGGGAAUGUGGCUUUUUAGUGCUGCUGAGCUUGGCAGUCGCUUGACCGCUACUUCUGUUACUUUAAGACGGUGCCUGAGGUUGGGGGUGACCAUGGCCAAGAGCAAAUUCGAGUACGUGCGGGAUUUUGAGGCUGACGAUACCUGCUUGCCGCACUGCUGGGUUGUGGUGCGGCUGGACGGCCGGAAUUUCCACCGGUUUGCUGAGAAGCACAACUUUGCAAAACCUAAUGACAGCCGAGCUCUCCAGCUGAUGACCAAAUGUGCCCAGACAGUAAUGGAGGAGCUAGAGGACAUUGUGAUUGCGUAUGGACAGAGUGAUGAGUACAGCUUCGUGUUCAGGCGGAAAAGCAAUUGGUUUAAAAGAAGAGCCAGUAAGUUCAUGACUCUCGUGGCCUCCCAGUUCGCCUCCAGCUAUGUGUUCUACUGGCGGGAUUACUUUGAGGAUCAGCCACUUCUGUACCCGCCAGGAUUUGAUGGCAGAGUCGUGUUGUAUCCUAGCAACCAGACCCUGAAGGACUACCUCAGUUGGCGACAGGCAGACUGUCACAUCAAUAAUCUUUAUAAUACAGUGUUCUGGGCCCUUAUCCAGCAGUCUGGACUAACACCAGUCCAAGCCCAGGAGAGAUUAAAGGGAACUCUGGCCGGAGACAAGAACGAGAUUCUGUUCUCUCAGUUCCACAUCAACUACAAUGACGAGCCGCAGAUGUACAGGAAAGGCACCGUGUUGGUGUGGCAGAAGGUGGAUGAAGUCAGGACCCAGGAAGUUAGACUGCCUGCAGAAAUGGAAGGGGAAAAGAUGACUGUGACCCGGACCAGAACCAGGCCCGUGCCCUUGUACUGCGAUCUCAUUGGGGACGCUUUCUGGAAAGAACACCCAGACAUUCUGACGGGAGAAAACUGACCCUGCAUUCUGCAGUUCUGCCGUGCUUAAUCAUGCAGGUCUCCCGGAGGCUCCUCUCCUCAGGUGGCUCGAGCAUCCCUAGCCCCAAGAGCUGUAAGGAGCCACAUGACUGGAACCCGGUGGAGACAGGGAAAGAAGCAAUGGAUGGAGGCGGCGUAUCUCACUGUGCUUAAACAGAAUACUUUUUUUUUUUUUUUUACGGUGUUAGAACAUGACUUUGGCUCUUUUCAAAAUCAUGAUCCUAUUUUUAUAAAAGAACUAUGCAUGCUUUGC